UAUUUUAUUGUAAUCUUCAAUGUAACCUAUUCUUACGUAACAGAAUUCUUGUAGAACUUGUAUCAAAUAAAAAUUCAUCAGGAAAUAAGUUUAUUCUAAUGUUGUAUGACGGCUGAUCCUUGCAAACCGCUGGCCUGCAAACUGCAGAAGUGUCUUCAAGACAACGUUUAUCAGCCAUCCCGCUGUGAGAGCGUUAUCGAAGAAAUUCGGCAGUGUUGCAUUAAGAAUUCCUCUAGGUCUCUUGUUUGUGACGGUAUAGAUACAACUAAACCAUAUCAACAUAACACUAUUGAUCCAGCGACUGCGAUUAAAUAAUCAUGACAUCCAGGGAUAUCCUCAAGAAUCAGAGCAUCAUGCAACGUUAUCCACGUGUUGGCACAUUCUGCCUCCUAUCUGGAAUUGUAACCCUCUUGUAUGCUCGGAACUUAUAUAACAUCUUUUUAACUGACAAAUACGACAAAGUGCCUGAUACUGUACCACAUCACAUGCGGUAAAUAGAAUAAUAUAAGCUUAGAAUUAUGGAUGCUGUUAAUAGUGCCAGGGCACGACUUAGAAAGUAUCCAGUUCUAGUUGCGCAGUGUCGCAAAACAGGCACAGCAUAUGCAAGGUGUGUUAUAAAAUCAAGUAAUAUCAAGAAGGAUGAUUGCAAAUCUGAGUUUGAGAAUUUCAAGAAUUGUUUAGUAAAUGCUGCAAUGAAGAACAAAACAAGAUUGUAAUGUUCAUUAUUGAAGCAUCCAUAAAUUUAAAAGUACGGUGUAGUAUGGUAAUGUAAUACAUGAAAAUUUCUGUAGUGAA